AUGGCUGCAGGAUUGCUGACAACAUGGUCACAGGAUUCAGUGACCUUUGAGGAGGUGGCGGUGGACUUCUCCCAGGAGGAGUGGGCACUGCUGGACCCUGCUCAGAAAAUCCUGUACAGAGAUGUGAUGCUGGAGAACUACAGGAACCUGGCCUCCGUGGGGUAUCCUCUCUGCAAACACAGUCUGAUCAUGGAGGUGGAGCAGGAAGUGCUGGGGACUGAGGAGGGGGCAGUUCUCCAAGGUGCCUGUACAGACUGGGAUAUUCAACUGAAAUCAAAAGAUGGAAUUCUUAUGCAGAAUGUUCCUGGGGAAAAAACUUGCAAUGGCAUAAAAACGGCACCAACUCAACCUGGCAAGAAACCCUUGGAAUUUGAUCAUUGUGGAAAAUUCUUCAGAAAGAACUAUCACUUUACACAUACAAGAUAUUGUGAGGGAGAGAAAUGCUACAAAUAUAAAGAAUAUGGGAAACACCUUGGCCACACCUCAGCUCUUAGCAGUCAUGUAAGUACUCACAGUGGAGAGAAAACUCGUGAGUUUAAUGAUUGUGGCAAAACUUUCAAUCAAGAGGCAUCCCUUAGGAAACACUUAAGGACUCUCAAAGGAGAGAAAUUUCAUGCGUGUAAUCAAUGUCUUAUGUCCUUCAGCUUACACCCUUCCUUUUCAGUACAUGUGCAAGUACCUACUGGAGAGGAACUCUGUGAAUGCUGUGAUCAUGGAGAAAGAGCCUCCCUUGGUGUCCACAAAACAACAUGUACCAUGGAGGAAAGCUCAGAAUGUAAGGAGCAUGGGAAAGCGUUCGCCAGCUCCUCGUCCCUUCACAAAUGUGGGAGACAUGCUGGAGAGAAGCCUUAUGAAUGUAGUGACUGUGGGAAAGCCUUCAUUUUUCAGUCUUCCCUUAAGAAGCAUGUGAGAUCUCACACUGGAGAGAAACCUUAUGAGUGUAAUCACUGCGGAAAAUCCUUCAGCCAGAGCUCUCAUCUUAAUGUGCACAAAAGGACUCACACUGGAGAGAAACCCUACGACUGUAAGGAAUGUGGCAAGGCUUUCACUGUUCCUUCAUCCCUUCAGAAGCAUAUGAGAACCCACACUGGAGAGAAGCCCUAUGAAUGCAGUGACUGUGGGAAAGCCUUCAUCGAUCAAUCAUCCCUUAAGAAACACACACGGUCUCACACUGGAGAGAAACCUUACGAGUGUAGUCAGUGUGGAAAAUCCUUCAGCACAGGCUCUUACCUCAUUGUGCACAAGAGAACUCAUACUGGAGAGAAAACCUAUGAGUGUAAAGAAUGUGGGAAGGCCUUUAGGAAUUCCUCCUGCCUAAGGGUACACGUGAGAACUCACACGGGAGAGAAGCCUUAUCAAUGCGUUCAGUGUGGAAAGGCAUUCAGCACCAGCACUAACCUUAUAAUGCACAAGCGAAUACAUACUGGGCAGAAAUAUUACCAAUGUAAGGAAUGUGUGCAGUAUAGGAAAGCCUAUACUGCAUUCUCAAAACUUACUGAACAUACACAAGCUCACACUGGAGAGAAGCCUUUUAAAUGUAACAAACAUGGGAAAGCCUUCACUACUUCCUCACGUUUUAUGAAUCCUCUUAGAACUCAUGAUGGAGAGAAACACUAUGAGUGUAAGAAAUGCAGGAAAGGUUUUAUUGAUGUCUCAAAAGUAGCAAGACCUUUAAGGAUUCAUACUGGAGAAAACCCUGAUAAAUGUAAGGAAUGAGGGAAAACCUUCAUUAAUUCUGUUUCUCUUAGUAAACAUAAAAUACUGCACUCUGGAGAAGUAACUUGA